CUCCACCACCGGUUGAGGCUUUGACCAAAGAGUUUGGCUUUGUUUGAUUUCAUAGUUCAUAAACAGAGCUCAAGCUUCACCUUUUGCUUUGGGAAUCACUAUGAUUUCUUCCACUCUCCUUCCCAAUUUCAAAUUCACCCCUUUUCUCAAACAUCAUCAUCAUCCAAUUCCACUCAAACCCUUCCCAACAAAUCCCAAUUUCAGGAACAACCGCUUCCCAUGCAGGGCACUCUUCUCCGACGACGCCCCAUUCGCCGCCGCAAUCGGCGCUUGCAUGUUCACUUCUUUGCUUUUUCCGGUCCCCGCUUCCAGCGAUGACGACGACGCCGACUCCGCCGUGACCACCACCGACGCCAGGCUCGCCGUGAUGGGGAUUCUGAGUUUCAUCCCUUAUUUCAAUUGGCUCAGUUGGGUUUUUGCGUGGCUCGAUACCGGCAAAUCACGCUAUGCUGUCUACUCUCUUGUCUAUUUGGCUCCUUAUCUCAGGACAAAUCUAUCGCUCUCGCCUGAAGAAAGUUGGCUGCCUAUUGCUAGCAUUUUGUUCUGCAUCGUUCACAUUCAGCUAGAAGCAAGCAUUAGAAAUGGAGAUAUUCAGGGGUUUCAACUAUUCAGGAAUGUCGCAGAUCAACUAUCAUCAAAUAAUAGGAAGAAAGACCAUUUGAAUCAGCAUCAACAUAUGUCAGACGAGGGAAGCAAGAAAGAGAAGAAGAACCUGCCACGUGCCCAAGAACAAUCAAGGGAUAUUGGAGGUUGGGAAGAUUCUCAGAGUCCUUUACCAUACCGUCAGCGUUUGAAUGAAGACUUGGAUGAUGAUGGCGAAGAAAGAAGCAAGCACUAAACUUGGAAGAUUCACUCAAGUUUCAUGCCUGAUGAUGGUAUCACCCCAGCUGCUAGAUUAGUUUUGAGACGUUUUAAUGAAACUAUAGCGUUGUCUUAAUGUUGCUCAGUUGCCUUGUUAACAUAUGGAUUCUUUUCACGGCUGGUGUUUGGUUCAUAUAUUAGUAGAUGAUAUUGAAGGUGCCGAAGUGUUGUUUAAAAAAAAAAAAAAAAAAAAAAAAAAAAAAAAAAAAAA